AGGAAAUGCAUUUUUUCAUUAACUAUUAACAGUCAGGAUAUGGUGUGUGAACAUGUUGCCGGUCGUGAAGAGGGAACCGAUCGAUGAAGAACCCGCUGUAGAGGAGUACAACGCACGAAGUAGCUCUGAUGUCACCGCAGGGGGUGCCGGUAAUAUGGCGACUGCAAUGGAGCGGCACAUUCAGCAGACUAAUGAAAGGUUACAUUGUAUUAAGGAGGCAUUGACUACUCCCAGUGCCUUCCAGGGUGCAGCAAGGGAAUUGUUAGAAUGGUGUGGCGAUCCUAGAGCAUUCCAGAAAGUAUUUGAACAGAAUCUCAUUGGGUGCUUAACUGUGAUCAGUCAAGUUUCACAAAAGCAAGGCUUUGAUCUUGAUCUUGGCUACAGGCUACUUGCUGUGUGUGCUGCUCAAAGAGAAAAAUUUACUCCAAAAUCAGCAGACUAGAUUAAGAACAGAAUGGCUGUUGGGAUAACAGAAAAGACAACUACAUUGGUAUCGCAAGUUGUGAUGAUGUAUCUCCGAUUUUGAUGAAAGAUGCAAUGAAUGUGCAUAAUUAUAAAUUUCACUGGAAAAACUCAAAAUGUAUUUGAUGUCUAGUAAUCCUCAAAUGAAAUUUAUAAUCAAAUGAUUUAAAGACAAUUUUGAUUUUCAUAUGUUUGUUCUCAGUUUGUUACAGAGAAAAUCUGAAUUAUUAUACUAUUUAUGCAAAUAUCAUGGUAAAUUGA